GGCAAGGGGACGCAAGCCCACCGCUGCCCCACCAGCGACAAGUUACCCACGUUCCACGCCAUCGACACGUUCACGAACUCCCGCAGCCAUGACAGCUCCCAGCCGUACACUUGCCCUCUCACGCAGCCGGACACACGCCCUCUCACUUGCCCUCUCACAGCUCGCAGCCAUGGCAGCUCCCAGCCAGGUCGUCGGUUGCGGUGGGUGCCUCGCGGCGUGGGCCCGAUCGCAGACAAGUCCGUUUGAGUGCCAGCAGUGUGGCGUUGCGAAGUUGUAGUGGGCUGUUUGGCUGAUCCAUCCAGCAGCGCUGCUGGCGCUCUCAAUGCGAAAUGCCGACCCGGUUACGAUGAGAGGUGACGCUGCCGCCCUUGGAAACGGCAUGAUGAAGAUCUUCCUCUCUUCCAGCGCCAAUUCGGCCGUGGUGGUGUCGGCGGUGGCGUCCACUAGUUUCUUCAGAAGCCUUACUCUGGGGAGUUUGUUUUUUGCCCACCAUCGCCGCGACAUGCGCACAAGUUCUCCCAUGUUUUCACACCGCUGCUGGGGGCGCAUCCCUGAUGGCUUUCUCCGUCUCAGAGGAGUGCGACCAGAGGUGGAGUUAUGCACCGGUCCGUGGAGUCUGGUUUCUCUUGGCGUUCGCUGCCGGGCCCGGGCUGUGGAGAUGUUUUUUUCGCAAACGUGAGGGAGGGCACUUCCUCGGUUUCCUCACCGCUUCUUACCGUGCAACACACCAGGCGUGGGAGUCCAACCGCCUGACGAAGAACAUGCCCUUGGCGAUCAUCGUCGCAGCUUUCCGGUGACGUACUGCUCGGGACAGCUGAAUGGCAUCUUCCGCGCCUGGACCCACCCGUACAAGCUGAAUUUCUUAAAUUACGUCGAGACCUCAUCCUUAGUGGUUCUGACCACCUCCAUGGCGUUGUCUGGCUUACUCGUCAGCCCAGCGUGGUCCAUCACCGAGAGUUUCGGGCAGGCGUUCCUGUACGUGGUGUUCGCCCUGCGGCUGACGAAUGUUUUAUUCCUCAUGGCGGUCUUGGCGUGGGCCAAGUUCAUUAUGACGGACGAUCAUGCAAUCUUCACAUACUUGGCACUAGUAGCCGCGCGUGUAUUGUAAAAUCAUUUGUCAGGGUCCAUUUUGGCUGGUGUUUCGUCCCGAGUUGAUUUCUGAAAUCUCUUCCUGAGAGGUCCCCGAGAGUGCCCCGCUGCGGCCCCAGAGGUUCCCAACCGUGCCCCAUGACGGCACCAGAGGGCACCCUGACGGCCGAAGCGGUGAUAGCGAAGAGCCCCGAACACCCCAACGAGGCCGAUGAGGGCCACAAGAGAGGCCUGGGGCCACUUGCGGUCGCCACGGGCGGCCUCGGCAUUGCUGAUUGCGUCUCGACGUCCCACGACCGAGGCAAAGACCUGUCAGAGAGCUAAAAGGACGGUGAGG